AUGGGUAGUGGUAAUUCAAAAUCUUUAACUCGUAAGGGAUUAAUUAAAUUCAUUGAAAAUAGAAAAGUAUUUAAAUUAAUUAUCCAAGAACACAAAGAUUUGAUAAAUGAGAAAGAAGACGGAAUGAUUAGUGCUUCGAUAGCAGCUAGAUACUUCGAUGGCCAUCAACAUGAAAAUGAAGGACUGUAUUUUGAUCACAGUUGCGUCAUUCUCCAAGAAAAAAAUGGCUGCCACAGAUACAUCAACGCGAGCUAUAUAGAUGGUUUCGAUUGUCAAAAUGCCUACAUCACCAUGAAGACACCUCUCUCAAGCAUAUCAAUCUGUAACUUCUGGAGGGUGGUGUGGGAACAUCAAUCCGAAACCAUCGUGAUGCUCGAUACACCCAAGACUGACCAGAAUAUUCAUAGUAUUCCUUACUGGCUCCCAGAAGAAGGAUCGUCUUUUCAUUGCGGAAAAUUGAAAAUUACGACGUCGAUACUUUAUCUCGACGAUCCAAAUUUUAAGUUCACGAAGCUUAUCGUCACUCAUGAAGAUGGAGGUUCCUUGCACGUAAGCCACUUUUCAUAUAAUAAUUGGCAAAAUGAUUAUAUCUUUCCCAGAACGUCUGACUUCCUUAGCUUCAUACAGAUGGUAUCAUUAUACCACCACACGACAGUGACUCUUAAAGACUACCAGAGUCCUAUGAUAGUCCAUUGUAGUGAUGGACUGGAACGUACAAUGGUAUUUUGUGCUAUUGAUAUAUCAAUUUCACAAAUAAUAGAAACAGGCAAAGUUGAUUUGUAUUCUAAUGUUUUAAAACUUAGGCGAGAUAGAUAUGGCUGUCUCAAAAAUGUGAAUUACUAUACGUAUUGUUACUUAGUUUUAUACUUCUAUGUUUCAUUUUAUUUGUAAGCAUACAUUUUUUCCUUUUCUAGUUUAUUUAUUUAAGGUCACUUUAAAACACCUAGGUUGUUGACAUGCAUCUUAAAAAUAUUUAGUGUCAACUUUUCCCUAGUCUAAGUUCAGCCAUAGAUAAAUUAGCCUAAUUUUUAACUUAUUUGUAAUAUAUGAGAUAAGAUUACUAGGUUAAGAGUUUUAGCGUUUAAGUAGACCUAAGAUUUUGUGGUUGUAAAAAAACAUGUGAAAAUUUUGUUAAAUCCUUUUCUAAAAAGAUCGACUAAGAUUAUGGCAGUAUUUUUGAAGGAAUGAAGGCGCGCGCGCCGCGCACGAUGUAUCUUGUGUUUAAUAAAGCUAUCUAUUUAAUAUGAAA